AUGGAACUCGGAUUAUUUUCAGUCCCUUUCUUUACGUAUUUUGUUGCUCUCAUUCUCUUUGCUUUGAGAGCCCUCUGUGCUGAUUUGAGCUACAAUAUUGAUGAAGAAACAAAGCGCCAGUACGUAAUUGGAAAUAUAGCCAAGGAUCUCAGGAUGGAUGUAAAAAAAAUAUCUGCUCGUAAGGCUCGGAUAGACAGUGAGGACAGCAGCAAACGGUACUGUGAUAUUAAUCUGAAUACUGGUGAUUUAAUCGUGGCAGAGACAAUAGACCGAGAGGAGCUUUGUGGAUCUCGAAUGUCCUGUAUUGUCAGUAAUGAGCUCGUCCUGGAAAACCCUCUUGAAGUCCAUCGUAUAAUUCUGCAAAUUCAGGAUAUAAAUGACAACGCACCACGAUUUCCGAAUGAACGUAUUAUCUUCGAAAUCAGAGAAUCAGCAGAUAAAGGAAAACGAUUCCGGUUAGACGAGGCGCAUGAUUCAGAUAUUGGCCAUAACGCUGUUAGGGGCUAUUCACUAGAGAAAAAUGAAAAUUUCGAUUUGACGGUACAUGAUACCGCAGAUGGUGGGAAAUACGCUGAACUUGUUUUGGAAAAGGAGUUGGAUCGUGAACAGCAGAAGGAGAUAGAUAUGAUACUCACAGCCACUGAUGGUGGUUCACCGCAGAGGUCUGGCACUGCUGUCAUACACAUCACUGUUCUCGAUGCUAAUGAUAAUGUCCCAGUGUUUAGUGAGUCUGUUUAUAAAGUAACCCUGGCUGAAAAUACACCUUCAGGAACAGAAAUAAUUAGAGUGAACGCCACUGAUGCUGAUGAAGCAAUGUCUUAG